AAUUAUGCUUAUGAAGUAAUUGUUGUGGAUGACAACAGUCCUGAUGGGACCGCGGACGUUGCAAAACGAUUGCAGGCUAUCAUUGGAAAAGAUAAAAUUCCCCGGAAGGCAAAACUUGGACUAGGAACCGCUUACUUACAUGGUUUGGAGUAUGCCAAAGGGCAAUAUAUUGUUAUAAUGGAUGCCGAUUUAUCUCAUCAUCCCAAGUUUAUUCCGGAAUUCAUUAGGCUACAGCAAAAAUACAAAUACGAUAUAGUCACGGGUACCCGCUACGCUCUAACAGGCGGAGUCAGUGGUUGGGAUCUGAAGCGCAAACUCAUCAGGUAUUUCCAUGUUACAGUAACUAAUCUGAUUGUUACACCUCUGUCGACCUCGCAUUGUUUUGAGGAACGGAUCACGUACCGCAGUACUAAUGCCGAACCACGACUGUUUCAUUUAGCUAAUAAAUCACAAGUGCCAAGUAUUCCAUUUACCUUCACUCGUGGUCGUUUAUAUCCCUGUUGCCGCACAGCCAACUAUAUUGCUCAAGUUUUAUUACGACCAAAAGCGACCGAUCUGACCGGAAGCUUCAGGUUGUACAAACGUGAAGUGCUCAAAGAUUUGGUCUCCAGAUGCACUUCCAAAGGCUAUGUUUUCCAAAUGGAAAUGAUUGUCCUGGCAUCUAGUCUGAAUUACACCAUCGGUGAGGUUGGAAUCACUUUUGUGGAUCGAUUCUACGGAGAAUCAAAACUGGGCGGUUCGGAAGUCGUGCAGUAUGUGGGUGGCCUGUUGCGUCUGUUCUUUACCUCUUAG